GCGGGGAGGCGGUGCCUGAGGGGCCGGGCGGGCCCCGGUGGGCCCCUGCGCCGCCCGCCCGCGGGGAUAGGCCUGGCGGCGGGGUGUGGGCCCGGGGCGGGGGGUGCCGGAGGAGGCGGGGAGCCGGCCUGGCUGUCAGGGGGAGGCCCGCGGCAGGGCCCAGCCCUCCCGCCCGCCGCUGGGCCGCGCUGCGCGCCCGGGCUGCCGGGGUGUGCUCGGCGGGACCCGCCCCUCCCCGGGCCGUACCGGCGGGGCGGCACCGGCUGCCCCCUCCCGCCCGACCCCAGCCCCCAGGCGGCCGCCCGCGGUGCCGAGCGGGGCGGAGGUGCUGCGCCAGCCGCUCCGCGGGAGCUCGGAGCCGCCACAGCCCCCGAGCGGGCUCGGCACGAAGCGUCCGGGAGCGGCAGCGCUUCCCAACUGGAGCUCCCGUCACCCGCUCCGCAGGGCGCCGAGUGCCCGGUGCGGCGGGGCCGGGCUGCCGGGGGCAGAACGGCAAGAUGUUCGCCGUCUGCCCACCAAACGCCCCGUUCCGGGGGAGCCCGGUGCUGGGCACGGCCAUCCCAGGGGCCGGGCACGGGCAGGAUUCCAACUCCAACUUCAUGGGAGAGGUGUGUGACAGCAAUGAGAACUGGAGCCAGCCAGCGCCGGGGUCCCCGCCGGAGGAGGGCUCCAGCCGGAGCAAAAACACGACAAAUCCAUCCGAUAAUCUGCUGUUAUUAAUGCAGAGACAGAUGGUCCAGGGCCGGCUUAGGGAUGCCGCCCCGAGCCUAGGCGCCGCGCGGCCCCAUCUCCCCAAGCCGGGGGUCCGCAGCCCCCCCGAGGGAGCGGAGGUCGGUGGGGCGGGGGACCAAAACGCUGCUGCCGAGGAGGCAGCCAGGGGAUGCAGCAAGCCCCCGAGCUCCCCUGCGGAGGACAACGGCUAUGCCAGCAGCUCCCUCAGCAUCGACAGCCCUGACAGCACCUGUGGGAACACCUGGGACACCCCAGCCUCUGCCCCCAUCCCUGGGAGCCCACCACAUCCAGGGGCGGCCGAGCCUGAGCCAGGGACCCUCUUCCCGGCGCUGGCGGAGGCCGUGCAGCACCUCCAGGACAAGGAGCGCUUCAAGGAGCAGGAGAAGGAGAAGCACCACAUCCAGCUGGUGAUGUACCGGCGCCUGGCCCUGCUGCGCUGGAUCCAUGGCCUCCAACAGAAAGUCGUGGACCAGCAGAACCGGUUGCAGGAGAGUUUCGACACCAUCCUGGAUAACCGCAAGGAGCUGAUCCGCUGCAUGCAGCAGGGCCCGGCGUGCCCCACCGCGGCGGCUGCCCCCAGCCCCUGAGCCCAGCCCUCACCCCCUGGCCGGCGCGGGGCUGGCUGGUGGCCUCUCCGUGCCACAUGCCGGUGCACAGCGCCUGCUGGGCGCCUGGGUGCCCGCUGUCCUUCCCAUCUCUCUCCAGCGUAGCCGAGAGUCCCCGAAGCAUUCAUCUCCAUUUUCCCUCUGCAUGGGAAUUAUUUUUCUUCUGCACCUUGUCCUGCCGGUCUGGGGACCAUGCGGCAUUGGGCUGGGUAAACCUCAGGACCUUGGGGUUUGCCGAGCCCAGGGUGACGAGGCUCAGCUUUUAAAUCUAAUUUAUGAUCCUUUGUACGAGCCUGGCUGAACCACACAUGAGACCAGGAGGGUCUCGGGACAGCGAAGCUUUUAAAUGUACCUGGGCAAAGCCCUUCAGCACAGGCUCGGGCACAGGCACAAACUCGCUUUGUGCCCCGCAUCGCACCUACGCCGCUGUGCCGGUACCGAGCCAGCCCGGCCGCUGUUAAACGUGUCUUGUGCUGCCAGUGCGAGCAAGGUGUCCUGAGCCGGACGCACCCCGGUGGUGCACCGAGGCAUGUGUAAAAGCUUUGCAGAUAAGAUCUAAACUCAUGCAAGGGAGAUGGAGAGAGAGAGAGGGAGGAAAAAAAUCAUUCUGAAAAGUCACCUCAGAAUGCUUAAAAAUAACUGUAAGUGUCAACUGGUUGAAAGCCAAUAUGUGUUUUUUCGAUUUAGUAUUACAGAAGUUAAUUUAGGUUUUUCCGCACAGCCAGUGUGCACAUCUGUCUGUCGUGGGAGAUGCUUUAACACGGUGCAUGAUCAGGAAGCUGCUUGCAAACUUGUGCUGCUGCUGUCUAUAUUAAUUUAUCAUUGGAAAGCAAAGAAAAUAUUUUUUUUCUAAUCUGCAUUUUACCCAGUGAGGACUGCAUACGGAGUACAAAGCACAGGCUUCUUAAGUAGAGAUUAAAAAGGAGAUGCUGUGUGUGUUUGCUGUAUUUUACUAAGUGUUAGUAUGACGUGUGCUAUUUAACUUGCUGAUGUGGAAGGAGCAGCGGCGGGGGCGGUUUGGCUGCACGGGGAGUGCUCAGCCAGGAGGGGACCUGGAAUUGUUGUGCAAAGCCAGGCACUAAUUUUGUUUCUUGUCUGCAAAGGGAGGGUGGCGAGAGAUUUCCAAGCUGCCACGUUGCCCCAGCCAAACUGCAUCCUGCGUCGGAGGAGCGGAGCUGAGCGGUGGCCAUGACUCUGCCAGGACCCCGCUCUGCUGCCGGGGCGCAGCGGCGGGAUGGUGGGAUGGCUCAGCCUGGAGCCUGGGCAGGUCCCAGCUUCCACCGACCGCAAGAUGCUCCUGCACCACCACAACUGACCACGGCCGAGCCGGCAGUGACCCAUGGGGCCAGGGUCUGCCCGAGCAUCCUCCUGUCUGGCACUGGGCUCUGCUCCCGCCUGGGGCUGCUGCCGCCGGUAGCUAAAGUGAGGAGAUGGGCAAAACUCUGUUUCUGUAAAGGGCGUUUGGUGGGGAAGAGUACACGGCUCAAAGCAACCCGUGCCGGGGGCCGGGGGAGUCCAGCAGCAUCCCUGCAAGGCUGGGGCUGCCUUGCCGCCCUCCUCGCCCGUGUCCAGCGCCUGCUGCCUGUGUUGUAUCCCCGUCGCGUGAUCGUGGGCAUGUUGCGCACCUCAAUAAAAGCCUUGGAGGUGAAAGAGCUGA